GCUGAAACAGAAGAGAACCCUGAUGAUAUGUUUGGAGGUCUAAAGAAGAAGAGCAAGAAGAAAAAGGCAAUCCCGAUGGAUUUGAACGAAGAUGCAACCGAAGAACCUGCAGCAGAUGGAACAGCAACCGAAGCUGGCGCAGAGGCUGCUGAUGCCGUUCCAGAUGGAGAUCUAGACUUUGGAGAAAUGAAGAAGAAAAAGAAAAAGAGUAAAAAGGGAGGAUUUGACUUGGAAGCAUUCGAGAAAGAAUUGGGAGAAGGAACCACUGCUGGUGGAGAUGGCGAGGAUGAAGGUGCAGACGAUGCUGAUCUAGGUGAUGAUCCAUUUGCACGGGAUGACGGAGAAGGUGAAGAGAAAGACGGACAGAAAGAGCAUGUAGAGACAUGGCAUGGCACUGAUCGCGACUAUACAUAUCAAGAACUUCUAGGAAGAAUCUUCUCUACACUACGUGCACAGAAUCCCGCUUUGUCUGGUGAAAAGAGAAGAUACGUCAUUGUUCCACCAGUCGUUCAGAGAGACGGUUCAAAGAAGACUGUCUUCGCCAAUGUUAUCGACAUUUGCAAGCGUAUGCAUCGUCAACCUGAUCACGUUAUUCAAUAUCUAUUUACAGAAUUGGGUACCGUUGGUUCCGUCGAUGGUAGUCAACGUUUGGUCAUUCGUGGUCGUUUCCAACCUGCUCAAAUUGAAAAGGUGUUGAGAAAGUACAUUGUGGAAUACGUUACUUGCAAGACGUGUAGAUCACCUCAAACCAGUCUGACAAAAGAAAACCGUAUCUAUUUCAUGACCUGUGAAUCAUGUGGUUCCACUAGAUCCGUCACAACUAUCAAAACUGGUUUCCAAGCACAAACCGGCAAAAGAAGCAAAACUCGCGCUCAAGCUUGA